CGAGGGAGGGAGAGCCGCGAUGGCCGAGGGCGGCGGUGCUCCCGGCGCGGGAAUGGCGGCGAUGCCAUCUGAAAAGUCCCUGCCGGAAGGGAGUCCUCAAGGACAAAGUUCCAGAGCAGGCGGAAGCGACUCUUGCCUGGAGGAAGCCAUGAAGUCCAGGCAAGGAAGCAGCUCCCCUCCCAGUGAGCGUCUUGCUGGGGACCUUUGGUGGGAGGACUUUGAUCCUGAGAAUGAGCCAUCUACAUCGUCCGCGGGGGUUUCUUCUGGAGCACUGAGGAAAGCACCAGCUCUGCUGCGUAUUGACAGGCAGCAGAUUCAGCCUGUAGUGCAGUGCGCUCAGGCAGAGGAACUCAGAGGCCUCGGCGUUGAUGUGUAUGAUCAGGAAGUAUUGGAGCAAGGUGUCCUUAAGCAGGUGGAUAACGCAAUAAAUGAAGCAAACAAGGCGGUUCGUAUUGCGGAAGCGGAAAAGGAUUACCAGUCAGUCCUGGAUGAUCUUCGAUCAUGUACAGCAUCCCUGAAACAAAUCAGUACAAUUACUGACCAGCUCACUCCUCACGCUGCUACCAGCAAAGAUAUUAACAGAAAACUAGAUUCUGUGAAGCGGCAGAAAUACAACAAGGAGCAACAGUUGAAAAAGAUCAAAGCAAAACAGAGGCACCUUGAAGCUGUUCUUGGUAAAAAGCCUCCUGAUGGAACAGACAGUGCUGGAUUGGAUGAAAUUGAAGAACCUGGCCCCUCCUCCCUUGGCAGUAUGCUUAUACCAGCACAGGAAACAGAGUGGGAGACGCUUAUUCGUACUGGUCAGAUGACUCCUUUUGGAACAAAAAUACCCCAGAAGGAAGAGAAGAAGCCCCGCCGGGUAAUGCUCAAUGAAUCAUCUGAUUUUGAAAAGUAUUUGGCGGAUCAAGCAAAGCUCUCGUUUGAAAGGAAGAGGCCGCCCUUUCCUAAGAGAGCCAAGCGGAAAGCAAGUUCAGAGAAUGGUCCAGCCAAAACUCCUGUACAUUGCCCCAAAGGCAGAGGGGACAAGGGGAAGCGCCUCCCUAAAACAGAGCGUUGUCUGCAGAAACAUAUGAGGAAGCUUCAGAACCAUGUUCUCCACAUUCAGUCCAAGGGCAAAAUUCCGAAGGCCCAGGAGAUCCGGGAAGCUGAUCCACCCAAGGAGAGUGAAGAGUCUGACUGUGCCCGAGAGGAAGAGCCUUCCACCCCCGAGGAUGAGUUGCUUCAUGUCAGCGAUGAGUCUGAUGACUAUCAAGUGAGCCCUCUGCUGCGGAGAAGGAAAAAUCCAUCCGUGAAAGCGUUUCCGGAAGAACCUGAGGAGGAGGACUUUUUCCCAAGCUCUGACGAAGAGGAUGAACGUAAUUUCGGAAAGCGCAGAAUAAAGAGAUGCAAAGAUGAUGGCGAUGGAGAGUACUAUAAACAGAGGCUGAGGAGGUGGCGUAAACAGCAGCUGAAAGACCGCCAUGAGAAACUGAUGGCAGGGGAAGAUUUGGAUGAAAGUGAUGCUGAAUUUGAUGAGAGUUUCCGUGUGCCAGGUUUUCUCUUUAAGAAGCUUUUCAAGUACCAGCAGACAGGUGUUAGGUGGCUCUGGGAAUUGCACUGCCAGCAGGCGGGAGGCAUUCUGGGAGAUGAGAUGGGAUUGGGCAAGACCAUCCAGAUAAUUGCCUUCUUGGCAGGUCUGAGCUACAGCAAGAUCAGGACUCGCGGUUCAAAUUACAGGUUCAGAGGCCUGGGCCCAACACUGAUUGUGUGUCCAGCCACUGUGAUGCAUCAGUGGGUGAAAGAGUUCCAUACUUGGUGGCCUCCGUUCCGAGUGGCAAUUCUGCAUGAGACAGGCUCUUAUACCAACAAAAAGGUGAAGCUGAUUCAAGAGAUUGUAGCCUGUAAUGGUAUUUUGAUCACCUCCUAUUCGUUUAUUCGCUUGCUGCAAGACAACAUCCAUGGUUAUGACUGGCACUACGUGAUUCUAGAUGAGGGGCAUAAAAUCCGGAACCCGCAUGCUGCAGUUACAGUUGCUUGCAAACAGUUCCGCACUCCACAUCGAAUCAUCUUGUCUGGCUCACCGAUGCAAAACAACUUAAAGGAGCUCUGGUCUCUCAUUGACUUUGUAUUUCCUGGGAAACUGGGAACACUGCCUGUCUUCAUGGAGCAAUUUUCCGUUCCAAUAACCAUGGGGGGAUAUGCCAAUGCUUCUCCCGUUCAGGUGAAAACUGCCUACAAAUGCGCUUGUGUUCUGCGGGAUACCAUUAAUCCUUACCUGCUGCGAAGAAUGAAGUCAGAUGUCCAAAUGAGCCUCUCACUACCAGAUAAAAAUGAACAGGUUCUGUUUUGCCGUUUAACAGACGAGCAGUACCAAGUUUACAAAAACUUUAUUGAUUCCAAAGAAGUGUAUCAGAUUCUCAAUGGAGACAUGCAGAUUUUCUCCGGACUGGUUGCCUUGAGAAAGAUUUGCAACCACCCAGACCUCUUCUCUGGUGGCCCGAAGAUUUUGAAGGGUGUUCCCGAUGAAGAGUUGAACGAAGAGGACCAUUUUGGUUACUGGAAGCGUUCUGGGAAAAUGAUAGUCAUUGAAUCUCUGCUGAAAAUCUGGCACAAGCAGGGCCACAGAGUGCUGCUUUUCACACAGUCACGGCAGAUGCUGCACAUCCUGGAGGCAUUUCUGAGGCAGAAGAGCUAUUCCUUCUUGAAGAUGGACGGCACCACAGCAGUCGGGUCAAGGCAGCCGCUUAUAGCAAGAUACAACGAGGAUGCAUCCAUAUUUGUCUUCCUUCUCACAACUCGGGUCGGUGGGAUUGGCGUAAACCUGACAGGAGCAGACAGAGUGAUUAUCUAUGACCCGGACUGGAAUCCCAGCACAGAUACCCAGGCUCGAGAGCGUGCGUGGCGAAUAGGGCAGAAGAAAGAGGUGACGGUUUACAGGCUUCUUACUGCAGGGACCAUCGAAGAAAAGAUUUACCACAGACAAAUCUUCAAGCAGUUCCUCACAAACAGAGUGUUGAAAGACCCAAAGCAAAGGCGCUUUUUUAAAUCCAACGAUCUCUAUGAACUCUUCACAUUAACCAGCCCAGAUGGGACUCAGGGCACAGAAACCAGCGCCAUUUUUGCAGGCACUGGUUCCGACAUCCUGACACCAAAGAGAGCACUUAAGCGCAAAUCUAUGGCCCGCACUGAUGCUUCUAAAAAACACUCUCCUUUUUCUGAGCCCAGUUCAUCCAAAAUCAGUAAACUGUCUGAUUCCUUCUCAGCAAGACAGUGUGCCAGUUCACCUACUGCUACAUUGGAAUCAGUUCAAAAUACCAAGGAAGACACAGAAACAUUCCUGCGGACUACUAAUUUCCCAAAUGAUGGUGCCCAGACUGCUACUGGCAAUACGGAUUCAUUCACCAGAGAAGAAGAGAAGGACUUAAAAUCCCCUGAGGGGUCACUGUCCAGAGUGCAGCUAGGAAAGAGCAGGGAAUCUGAGAAUUUGGGACAUUUGAAUUCUUCUGUUGGCGAAUCAAGUGUCAGUGAAGAGAGGCAGCAUCAUUUUGGACUUGGGAAUCCCAGCCAGUGUGAGGAGCAAGAUGGAGGCUUUGGACACAAGCAGUCAGAUAACAGCCCCAACAAGUGCACUUCGAAGUUAAAACAUGGUUGUCCAGAUCAUGAAGGCCACAAGCGCUCACGGAAAAGAGCCCGAGGCUCUCACGACGCCAGGUUUGAGGGUGAGCGAAUUCCUCACCUCAUGAAGAAAAGGAAGUACCAAAGGGAAGACAAGAAGGAAGAGAGAGAUUCCAAGAAGAAUGAUGAUUAUGUUUUGGAGAAACUGUUCAAAAAAUCAGGCAUACACAGCGCCAUGAAGCACGACGCCAUCAUGGAAGCUUCCAGUCCAGAUUAUGUGCUGGUCGAAGCAGAAGCCAAUCGCAUUGCCCAGGAUGCUCUCCGAGCGUUGAAACUCUCUCGGCAACGGUGCCAGGGAGCUGCUGCUGGUGUGCCCACUUGGACUGGCACCAGUGGCCUAUCUGGCUUGCCCACAAGAGUCAAGUUUGGGCAGAAGAAGAACCCAGCCUUGGUAAUGCCACUGUUAUCGUCUCCAUCUCCAGGAAAGGGCUGCAAGGACCCUGAAAGAGUGAGGAAGGAGAACAAAAAGAGAACCUCUCCCAGCGCUCACUUUGAUGGUCAGGGGGAAGGAGAGCCCUCUUCGGCUCCCCUGGACUCCUCGUCUCUGCUGGCCAAAAUGAGGGCCAGAAACCGCCUGGUUGUCCCCCAGAGAAGGGGCGGCCUGAGAGAGGAGGAGGAGAGUCCCCUGCAGGCUUUGGGGGCUGCACCCUCGACAGAAACGGAGCACGAUGAGUUGCUGGUGGACAUUCGGAACUUCAUCGCUUUCCAAGCCCAGGUGGACGGUCAGGCGACCACUCGGGAGCUGCUGCAAGAGUUUGAGUCCAAGCUGACUGUGGAGCAGUCCUGCAUCUUCCGAGAACUCUUGAGGAAUCUUUGCACUUUCCACAGGAGCCCCGGCGGGGAAGGGCUCUGGAGACUGAAGCCAGAAUUCUCUUGAUGGCUGUUUGGGGGUUGUGUGGCCCAACCCUCUUGGUUCUGCUUUUAACACUGACAAAUGGGUUUUUAUAUUGUGUUCCUCGUAUGUAAUGAACAUGGGUUGCACUUA